AGAGUGCUCACCUCCCAUCCCGGGGGCGGAGGCGGCCUUGAGGCAUCGCAGGCUGCGCCGCAGCACCUCUCCUGAGAGCAGCGAAGUGGGCUAAGGAGGCGCGCUCCGGAUCCGCCGCCGGUCCACCUUAAACCGCACCGAGGCUGCUCCGCCUCCCCUGCCUCCUUCGCCCGUCCUUCGCCAUGGCUGCGCGGCGGACGCUGGGCUUCGCGGUCCGGAACUACUCGCAAGCAGCAGCCAAGGUAACCCGCCGACCUUUCGCCUUCGAGCCGCCCCGGAGCUCCCCUGGAAGUGCGCGCGCCCGUGUAACCCGGUGGCUUGCAAAGCCUUGCCUGGACUGUACCACUUCGGGCUGCGGGAGAGGAGAAUUGGGGGUCUGGGGACUUCUCCUAUGGGACGGAGAUUAAUUUCCUCCUUCCUACUUAAUAGGGGGCCUAUGCGUAUUUCAAUAAAAUAAAAUGCCGGGGUGGUGGUGGAAAUAGCAAGACAGGGAGAUAGUUGGCUGAACCAUGAUAAUAUUUUUUUUUGGCGGGGGUAAAGCUUAAAAAAAAGUCAUAAUGUAUAUAAAACAGAACAGUUAUGACAGCUGGUGGAAAUUAAACGAUGAAAAACAAAACUAUAAAAUAGGCACGGAGUACAGUUGCGCGUAGGUUAAAAGAACGAAGUCCAAGUAAAGAACACUUAGCGUUAUUUGCUCAUCAGGUCCAGUUCCUGAUCCGCCAAGCUUGUGAGGAGGGUUGUCUUACAAAUGCCAAUUCAUAUAAAAGGUGUCCGAAGGUUCUAGUGCUGAACCGGGAUUAGAAGCUACCCAUAUAGGUCUUCUCCCCGGGGGUGGGGCAGGGGGAAGCUUGUCGAGUGAAGUGGCCAAAGUCCAGCUGAUUCUGCAGCUGCACCUGUGAAAUGGGUUUGUCUCCGUGAAAAUUGCUGGUGGGUGAGAUCAGGCGCAGCUCUCCAACACCUGGAGCCUCAAAACGAGCUCAGGUUUGCUUCCCCCCCCCCUUCCCUCUGAAUCUUUCACAGUUGCCACAAGAGGCAGAAAUUCAGCCAGUGAAAACUCUUUCUUGGCACAGAGAGGCAGUGGAUGGGAGAGGAGGUUCACCUGUUGAAUUUCUGCCCAUUGUGCAACUGUUUCAACCUAUUAAUAUUUGAGAUAAUGGUACAGAACUAUAAUAGCCAUUAAGGUGUAGAGCAAGACAAUCCCAUGCACAUAUACUCAGAAGCAAAUAUGUGUUCAGUGGGUCUUAAUCCCAAAUAAGGUCACAUCCACACCACACAUUUAAAGCACAUGGCUUCGCCCAAAGUAUUCUGAGAACUGUAAAAUGUUAAGGGUGCUGAUCAUUGUAGCUUCAGGAUUCUUUGAGUGGAGACCUGUGCUUUGACUGUGUGGGCAGUCACCAACCUGUUGCCCUUGAGAUGUUGGAUUACAACACCCAUGAGUGCUGAGGCUGAUGGGAGUAGUAAUCCAAAAACAUCUGGAGGGCAAAGGCUAAUCUACAGUGGUACCUCGCGUUACAUACGCUUCAGGUUACAUACACGUCAGGUUACAGACUCCGCUAACCCAGAAAUAGUAUCUUGGGUUAAGAAAUUUGCUUCAGGAUGAGAACAGAAAUCUUGCUCCGGCUGCGUGGCGGCAGCAGGAGGCCCCAUUAGCUAAAGUGGUGCUUCAGGUUAAGAACAGUUUCAGGUUAAGAACAGACCACCAUAACAAAUUAAGUACUUAACCUGAGGUACCACUGUAUAUGGAUUGGGGCAUGUGGGAAGGAACCUAUGGAAGCAGGCGGAGAGUCUAUAAGGUUUUAUUAUGAAAUCCUUGUGUCUCUCUUGUUUCUUUAUUCCUUGAGCACCCCAAGUCUGCACCCCUUGUUCACUCAGUACCAGUAACGGCUGCGUAGACAUCCACUUGCACCCUCUGCACUUCUGGCUGCCCAUCUGUCUCCAACUGUGCUUCCUUGCUUGUCUUGUCAACCCCCAGCCUUAUAUCUUUCCUGCAGGGCUGGCUGACAGAGGACUUCCUAGAUUCCCUGAGAGAAGUGGUGGGGAGCAGCAAUGUGUCCACAGCCACCCCAGUUUGUGAGCAACAUGGCCAUGACGAGUCCAUGCACAGGUAUGUAGUGGGACUUCCCAGAAUUCCGCUUCUUGAUGAGCCUGUCGGUCAGUGCCUUGGUGAGCCUGUCGGUCAGUGCAGACAAUACUGCGCUAGAUGGACCAAUUUUCUGACUCAGCUUCCUGUGUUCCUACUAGCACUAUAUGCUUGCAUGAGAUGGCUGUCCUUGGCUCCUGGGUAUUGACCAGAGAGCGGAAGAACAAGAGGAGGAAAGUCGACUGGUUGUGCUCAGGCAGAGGGAGAAUGCAGGGCCUCCUAGACAGGCUGCUGCUGUGCCCACUAAAGCAGCUGUACCCCCAAGAGGUGUACCCCAACAUCCUCCGAGAGAUUGCAAAAGAGAUUCCUGAGCAGAGUGUCUCCUCUAGCACUUCCGCCACCUGAGGUGGGCGCUUCACUUUCUCUGCCUCAUGGGCAGCUCUGUUUCAGGAGACAGCCAAAACCUUCAUUUCUAAUCAGGCCUUUGGCUUUUAAUUAUCUGUGGCCUUUUAGAGUGGGUGGGAUGUUUCAAUGUAUCUUCUCUUCCUGGUUUUAAUGCAGGUUUUUUUUUCUAGGUUCCUUUGAGUUGCCAUGGCAAAUAAAGCGACAAAUAAAUUUAAUAAACCAUCAACAACACCAUCAUAGUUCUGACGCAUAACUGGAAGGAGGAAACAGUGACAUUUCCUCACAAAACCAAUGAGGAGAAUAGUGCUUACACAUUUUACCUCAUUUCUCUCUACAAAUACUAGAAAUUGAUUCUCAUUUUUUUUAAGGAGAACUUUUUAUUGUUUUUAGGGUUUGUUGAAAUGGCUUUAACUUUUCUUUCCCCCACAUCUUAUUGUACUAUGCAGUGCACUCACAGCUUCGGCCAGUGAGGCAUUUAUACAUGUGCAAAAUUGAUGGAUAAAUUAUGUUGUCCCACCACCGUCUCUUUAGGUGCCGCCCGCCAGAUGCGGUGGUCUGGCCCCAGAACGUGGAGCAGGUCAGCUUGCUGGCGAAGGCCUGUUACAGCCGUGGGGCACCCAUCAUCCCUUUCGGGACAGGAACGGGCCUAGAAGGGGGCGUGAGUGCCGUGAAGGUAAGGAGGGGAAUGGCAAGCGAAAUGGGAACGGGGAUUGGGGGCAGGGGAAAGGUUGCCGGAGCAGUGAGUGGGGGUGCAGGGUAUGGCUUUGGGGGAGGACAGAGUGCCAAGUGAGGCCAGGCCUGAACAGAGGCCACAUCCACACUGUACAUUUAAAGCACUCUACUCUUGUGCCACUUUAAAGUGUCAUCGCUUCCCCAAAGGAUCUUGGGAACUGUAGUUUGUUAAGGGUGCUGAGACCCCAUUCUGCUCCCAGAGCUACAGUUCUCAGUGGUUUUAUGAUCAAUCCCUCUUCCCAGGGAACUCUGGGAACUGCGGCUCCAGGAGGGGAAUAGAGGUCUCCUUGUAACUCUCAGCACUCUUAGGAAUUUAUAUGUUCCAGGAUUCUUUUGUGGGUGUCGUGACUGCUUAAAGUGGUAUGAUACUGCUUUAAACAGAUGGUGUGGAUGGGGCCUUAGCUUUUGUGUGUGGCAAUCGCUCCUUUUCCCCUGCCUGUUUUUGACUAUUGUUCGAUAAGCCAUCACACCAGUAAAUGAACAAAUUGGCUGCUCUCCAGAGGCAAGGAGAUGGAUUUUAAAGGCUGGGGAAUAGGUGGGACUCCUGCUCCUCCCUGCCCCCCAUGCCAGACUCCUCCUCUUUGGGUUCCCUGUGUUCCCCUUUUGGUAACCCUGUGCUUGUCUCUUUCCAUGGGACAGGGUGGUGUGUGCUUUAACCUGACCCAAAUGGACCAGAUCUCUGAGCUGAACGCAGAGGACUUCACUGUGGCUGUAGAACCCGGUGUGACCCGAAAGGCACUAAACAGCUACCUACGGGGCAGUGGACUCUGGUUUCCUGUAGGUACGCUUGCCUUAAGUACAAUUCUGGGAGGGGUGCAGUGGAGUUGCAUUCUGGGAAAUAAAGGAAUGUGGUAGCGGACCAGCCUAGUGGCUGGCAAGCCAUUGCUGCUUUGAUCUUACCUGCAUUAGGAGGGGGGUGGCCUGGUUUGCCAUUACCUAAUUGCUCCCCCGGCUGUGCCUUUUCCUUCUUCAGACCCUGGGGCUGAUGCUUCUCUCUGCGGCAUGGCGGCCACAAGUGCCUCAGGCACCAAUGCUGUGCGCUAUGGCACCAUGCGCCAAAACGUGCUCAACCUGCAGGUGGUGCUUCCUGACGGGAGGGUCCUCCACACGGCCGGCAAGAGCCGGAGGCCCAGGUACCCAGCUAAAUCACUCUUGCUGUCCUGAAGCUCCUUCUGCGCCUUUCCUCAAAUCUUGGUUUUGGCCGCUUCCAGGCUGCUGCUCUUUUGGGAUGGGGUUCAGUCAUAUGCCAGCAAGUUCAGCUUGCUCAGUUAAAAUGCAUUUGGUUAAUUCUCCAAAAGAUGAGACGUUUUGCAGGAAGGGAAGUGAGGGGGAACACACCAGUAAGUAUGGGAUAAUGUUGGUUUGAUGCAACGUCAUCUAACUCCCGCAGGAGUGAGAUGGGCUUUAAAAGAGGAUUAGACAAAUCCAUGGAGGAAAUGGCAAUCGAUGGCUGUCAGCCAUGAUGGCUAAUUUCUGCCUCCACUGUUGCUUCUGAGUCCCAUUUGCUGUGUACCACAGGAGCAGAGAGUGCUGUUGUGCUCGGAUCCUGCUUGUGGGUUUCCCACAGGCAUUUGGUUGGCCAAUGUGAGAAGAGGAUGCUGGACUACGUGGGCUAUUGGCCUGAUCCAGCAGGCUCUCCCUAUGUUCUUAUAUUCUUAAGCUGCUAGCCCAACAGAAAAGCGACCAUCCUGAUGGUUGUGUGACCUUAUACAGCAUUGAAUACAUUGCAUGUGCUCAUUGGGAGGAGGAAGCUGACUGCUUACACCAGGGGAAGAGGCUGAUCAGUGCAGGGCCCAGCCUGGUCCCUUGAAACUCACGGACUGCUUUUUGCUUGCAGGAAAAGCGCUGCUGGCUACCACCUAACAGGACUCUUUGUCGGCUCCGAGGGGACGCUGGGCCUCAUCACGCAGGCCAUACUGCGCCUGCAUGGCACCCCAGAGGCCACCGUGGCAGCCGUCUGCGCCUUUCCCAGCGUGCAAGCAGCUGUGGACAGCACUGUGCAGGUUCUUCAAACUGGGAUCCCCAUCGCCCGUAUUGGUAAGCAGGACUACAGGGCACCCCAGGCGGUGGCGGACAAGGGAGAAGAACAGGGUGGGCCAAAAGGCUUCCUUCCGGAGCCUGCAAGAUCAGGCCUCGUAAUGGUCUCAUCAGCCUGAAUCUUCUCUGUGCUGUAUAUAUAGGACUCCUCUCUGCCACUGGCUGAGUUGGGAUGGCAUGGAAUGUUCAGAAAUGGUCUAACUGCUGGGGUGGGUGGGAAGGGGUUAGACAUGGAAUGCAAAGGUCAGUGCAGGUGCUGUGUAAGGGAAGGAAUGGGACAGCUGGGUGGAAGAACCAGGACAUAAGAGCAGGAAGAACGGGGAGUGAGGGCAGUUAGAGGGGAAUUGGGAAGUAGAGGGGCUAAUGGCUGGCAUAUGUGUGUGUUUGUGCGGGGGGUAGAAGUGAGAUAAAGGAGCCUCAUGCCAUCUAGGAGCAAAAAGGCCUGAAGGCCAGAAGUAAAAGAUUUGAUGUCCAUUUAAUUGAUUGAUUGCAUUUAUACCCCACCCUUUUCUCCAAGCAUCUCAAGGUGAACUACGUGGUUCUCCCCCUCCUCAUUUAAUCCCCACAAGAGGCCUGUGAGUUAGGUUAGGCUGAGAGGAAGUGACCUCAUGGCUGAGCAGGGAUUUGAACUGUGGUCUCUCUCAGGUCCUAGUCUGACAGUCUAACCAUUACACCACCACUGGCUAUCAAAACAGUCAAGUCUGUGACCACAAGUGUUACCUUAAAAAUUGGAUCUCUUGUCGUGUUUUCUCCCACAAGGCGAGCCUUGCCUUUGAAACAAAUAAAUACAUUCCAUAGACAAAUUUAUUCAUGUAAGUUUGCGUUCACCUCCUUGCAUUGUCCAAUACGCACACACACUUUUUCCUUUCUUCGCCUCAAAACUGCUCUGGUGUGGAGGUGGUUUUUUGAUGCUGCAGGAAGGCUGCUCCCAUUGAUUCAUACACUAAGUAUCCCACGUGAGUCUACUCUGAAGUAAGCUCCAUGGUGUUCCAAGAGGCUUCCUCCCAGGUGUGUGUUGCAUUGCCCUCUAACUGUGCAGUCCUAACCAUGUCAGCUCAGAAGUAAAUCCUAUUGGUUUCAAUGGGGUGUAAGCUGGAUGAGGAUUGCAGCUGAAGUGGCCUUGCUUGCUCUGGGUUUUCCCUUCUGCUCCUGUGAUGUCCCCCUAUGGCGAGUGCCCCUCUUCUCUUUGCCACCAGAGUUCCUGGAUGAUGUCAUGGUGGCCGCCUGCAACCGCCACAGUGGCCUGAGCUACGCAGAGCUGCCCACCCUCUUCCUGGAGUUCCACGGCACUGAAAACAGCGUGGAGGAGCAGGUCCAAGCAACAGGUAGGUUCUGCAGAAGCCGGGCCAAGCCUGGCAGCCAGACAAGCCUGGGAAUAAGGCUGAGUCGGGAUAUGUUUGGCACAGCAGCCUGGCACCAGGCUUUGGUGGUGGUAGUGCAUAGUUAAACUAUGGAGCUCUCUCCCACUGAAGGCAGUGAUGGCCACCAACUUGGAUGGCUUUAAAAAAGGAUGGAUUCAUGGAGGAGAAGGCGAUCAACAGCUGCUAGCUUUGAUGGCUAUGCUCUGCCUCCACCGUUGGAGGCAGCAAUGCUUCUGAGCACCAGUUGCUGGAAACCACAGGAGGCGAGAGGGCUCUUGGCCUCUGCUCCUGCUCAUGGGUUUCCCCACAGGCAUCUGGUUGGCCGCUGUGAGAACAGGAUGCUGGACUAGAUAGGCUAUUGGCCUGAUGCAGAAGGCUCUUCUUAUGGUUGGCAGCAGAGAAGAAGAGGAGGAGUUUGGAUUUGAUAUCCCGCUUUAUCACUACCCAAAGGAGUCUCAAAGCGGCUAACAUUUUCCUUUCCCUUCCUCCCCCACAACAAACACUCUGUGAGAUGAGUGGGGCUGAGAGACUUCAAAGAAGUGUGACUGGCCCAAGGUCAUCCAGCAGCUGUAUGUGGAGGAGCGGGGACGCGAACCCGGUUCCCCAGAUUACGAGUCUACCGCUCUUAACCACUACACCACGCUGGCUCACCAGAGGUGGUAGUGGUGGGGCUCUGACACAAGGCUAUCUUCGCAGGGGAGAUUGUGCAGUCGAAUGGGGGCUCGGACUUUGUGUGGGCACGGGAGCAGGAGGCUCGCAGUCAGCUGUGGGCCGCACGCCACAAUGCCUGGUAUGCUGCGCUGGCCCUUCGCCCAGGCCGGAAGGUGAGUCAAGAGGGGAGAGGAGCAAGCUCUGGUGGGUGGCUUAGCACUUUAAAAAGAAAGAAAGAAAUCUGAUCUGCCUUGCAAUUUGGCUCCUUUGCUUGAGUUAUGAAGAACACUCUCCAUUAUGCUUCGUUUCACCUCUCACUUACCCUGUUCCGAACGCCACCUCCGUUCACGAGGAUCGCAAGGUUGAGUUACAAGCAGGUUCCUGAGUUUGGCUGACUGGCUACCUUCUUUUCAAGGUUGCUUCUGAGAAUGAGUUGUUGAUGAAAGAACUCUGCUGCAUGUGUAGUGAAACUAGGGUUUGGUGCAACGUGACUAGGCUGCUGUGGAGCCACACAAGGGUAGUAGCCUGGAGGGUUGCAGAGACUGAUUAAUGUGGGGUGGUAUUGAUGGGCUGAAGGCUAGGCAAGGGCAUUUUGAGGCCUGGUGGUUCUCAAAAAGAUGUCAAAAGGCUAGGAAGGGGAGAAAGUUAAGCCUCCUCAAAAGCAUUGCCCCACCCUUUCCCUCCUCCCAUCUGCAUCAUCUGCAGGGAUACUCGACUGACGUCUGUGUUCCAAUCUCCCGCCUCCCUGCAAUCCUGCUGGAAACAAAGAAAGAUCUACUGGAGUCCAAGCUCACAGGUGGGCAGAAUAUUGUUUGAGGAGCAUUCCAGAAAUGGGGGGGCCACCACUGAAAAGGCCUGAUUUUGUACUGCCACUUCUGAACCUCUAGUGGAAGGGAGCUCAAGAAGGAAGCCUUGGAUGACGAUGAGCGUGUGGGGAGAGGUGGUCCUUGAGCUACUGGGGUCCUGAGCUGUUUUCGUCCAGUUGAAGGGCACCAGAUUGAGGGAGGCUGGCCUCAUCUUCAUCCUGCAUCAUGGCAAACAAUGAUCUCUUUACCGCUGCUGGUUUUUCAGGCCCUAUUGUCGGCCAUGUUGGUGAUGGGAAUUUCCACUGCCUCUUGAUUUUUGAUCCGGAAGACGCCGAAGAAAGCAGGAGGGUGGCAGAGUUUUCCCAACGGCUGGUCAGGUAAGGAUCUGACUGGAGAUCAAGGGUCUGGAAACCAAGCCUUAUGAGGAAUGGUUGAGGGUUGUUCCAGAGAGAGGGGAUAUGAGAGCCAUCUUCAAACAUCUAAAAGGCUAUCACAUGGAAGAUGGAGCAAACUUGUUUGCUACUACUUCAGAGGGGAGGGCCUGAACCAGUGGAUUCUAAUGACAAGAAAGGAGAUUCCGACGAAACAUUUGAUAAAAACUUUCUGGCGGUAAGAGCUGUUUGACAGGGUAGUGGACUACCUUGGAAGGUAGUCCACCACUCUCCUUCACUGGAGGUUUUUAAGCAGAGGUUGGAUGGGCGUCUGUCAGAGAUUCUGGAGCUGUCAUUCCUUUAAACUAAUGAUGCUUGGGGUCCCUUCCAACUCGUACCCUGUGAUUCUAUAUUUUGUGGUAUGCAGGAAUCACUGCUGCUUAAGAGCCUCCAAUGAAUGAGAUGAUGGUGAUAAUAGAAGAGUCUUUCUGCUUCGUAAGUUAACCUUUCAAUAUGUGGGGGGCUGUCUAAGCCAAGGGGUGAGGCAAAACUCACAGCCCCUUUGUAUCCUUGCUGCCCCUUGUUUUAACAAGAGGACCAGAGGCAAAUGCUGGCUGGCAAACACUGGGAACUACGUACCAGCACAGAUGUUCUUAUGUUUUGAUCCAAUGUUUGUGCUUUUAUUAUUUUCCUCCAGGCGUGCAUUGGCGAUGGACGGCACCUGCACAGGGGAACAUGGCAUAGGCCUGGGCAAACGCCAGUUUUUGCGUGAGGAAGUAGACGAGGUGGCGCUGUCCACCAUGCAGCAGAUCAAGGUGGCGCUGGACCCUAAAAACCUCAUGAACCCUGGAAAGGUGCUGUGAGCCUGAGAUUGUCUGCGCAGAUGUAAUAACAGUGCUUUGUAGUGGAUUUACAUGGAACCGUCCACACACAUCAGUCCACUUUAGGAAUUGUUCUGUGAUGGUUCCCCAGUGUUAAUUGCAUCACUGCCAUCUGGAGGGGCACAGUAUUGAAAGUGGGAUUGUGUAUAUACUUUCCGCUACCAUCAUGAGCGCAAACCGUUACGGACACACGAUAAGGACGCUUGGAGUGUCCUCCCAUGAGGCCCAGCAUUUUUUCCCAUACAGGGCGAAAGCUCCAUCUUUGACUGAAAGCAUCUGUUGCGGAGGCUGCACCACAUACGCCCUUCCAAAGGGGGCUUGCCUACCAUCUCUGGCUCAUUUGCACUGCAAUCUUAAAAAUUAAACAAGUUCAGUUCAA